CCGCUGUGCCACCCAGGCGCCCCGAGGACUGUGAAUCUUAUCCACAGGGAAUAUGGAACUUUGAAAGGUUUUAAACAGCAGAAAGACUAGUCCAGAUUUUCAGUUUAGAAAGCUCACCCUGACUGCAGAUGGAAGGAGGUAAGACUCAAAAGUAGGGAAACCAGUGGAGAAUCUGUUGAAAGAUGUAGGUGCGAGAUGGUGAGAGCCUGGGUUAAAAAACAAAUAAAUAAAAUAAAACUUAAAGACCCCUGUUGAGCUCACAAUAUGUGCCAGACACAGUGCUAAUUGUUUUAUUCACUAACUUCAUUUUAUCUUUAUAAUGACCCUGAGGUGUAGAUACUAAUAUCUGUUUUAUAGAUGACAAAACUAAAAAUUAGAAAAAUAAAGUAGUUUAGCCAAUGUUCACAAAGCUGUUAAAUGGUAGAUUUGAACUGGAACUUUCUAUCCCUAAAGCUCUUGCUUUUAACAACUGUGCUAUGAUGGUUGAAAUCUAAGAUGAUGGCGUUGUGAAUGGAGAGAAGUGAGUGGAUGCGAGGAAUACAGUGGAGGUCGACUCGAUAAGAUCUGGUGAUCAAUUGAUGGGGUGGCGGUGUUGGGGGAGGGAAGUCUAGGAUCAUUCUAGUCUUUUGGCUCAGGCACCUGGGUAGAUAUUGGUACGACAGUGGUGAUAUUCACUAAAAUGAAGAACACAGGAACAAGUCUGGAUGAGGUUUGCAGAUGAUUAAAUCUUUUCUGGACAGAGUGAGUUUGAGGUACCUGGGAAACAUUUGAGUGGAGGUGUCCAGGAAGUAGCUGGGAGUCAGAGACUAGAGAUUAGGACAGAGUCUAUGCUAGAGAGGUAAAUUUGCACACCAGCCUCUAACAGAUGACACUUGAAGCCAUGGUAAUAUAUGAGAUCAUCCAGACAGUGUGUAGAGUGCAGUUGGAAUCCUGGGGAACACUGUCCUUAAAGGUGUGCAAGGAAGAAGAAACUGAAGGAAAUGAGGAGUAGGCAGAGAAGUGAAAGCCAAGGAAUGAGAGCUUUACAAGAAGAAAAACAUAAGAACACUAGUCAGUUAGCAUUUGCUCAAAGAAGAUCAUUCAGAAGAAAGAAAAACUUCAUCUGAAAGAUGUUCAUCACAGCAUUGACUAUAACAGUAGAAGUCUGGAAACAACCCAAAUGCCCAACAAUGUGGAAUGCCUAUGUGAUGUGCCACAUUUACUCGUGCGCUAUUCUGCAGCUAUGAAAGAGACUAUUAAAAAGACUAUUGUAAUGGGGGAAGGUGCUCAUGUUAAAUGAAUAGAAGAAAGAACAAUAAAAAGCUUAAUGCAGGUUUUUCUUUCCAAUCUGCCGUGUGCAGUGGAACCGCCGCCAAGAUGCAGAUUCUUGUGACAGUGCUGAUGGGGAAGACCAUCACUGUCGAAGUUGAAUCCUCAGAUACUGUAGAAAGCGUAAAGGCCGAGAUCCAGGAUAAGGAAGGAAUUCCUCCUGAUCAGCAGACACUGAUCUUCGCUGGCGAGCAACUGGACGAUGGACGAGCUUUGUGUGACUACGGCGCUCACAAGGACGCCACUCUUCAUCUUGUGUUGAGACUUUGUGGUGGUGCUAAGAAGAGGAAGAAGUCUUCCAGCACUCCCAAGGAGGAUAAGCAGAAGAGAAAGAAGGCUAAGCUGGCCGUCCUGAAAUACAAGAAGGUGGACAAGAAUGACAGAAUCAGUCCCUGUCAUCGGGAAUGCCCUUCAGAUGAAUGCGGUGCUGGGGUUCCUAUGGCUAGCCACUUUGACAGGCAUUCUUGUGGUAAACGUUGUCUGCCCUAUUGUUUCAACAAACCGGAAGAGAAGUACUUGUAUAUGGGCUAGUAAAAGACACGAACUAACAACAACAACAGUAAGCUUGAUGCACACCUUGAUUUGAACUGGACCUUUCUGAAAGUCCAGUUUCUUGAGGUAGUGAUCUUAUCUUACUCCUCUCCAAACCCCAAGCCUAGGAUGAUGUCCAGCACAUAAUUGGUUCUCAGUAAAUGGUGGCUGAACAAAUGAAUUAUUUAAAAACUAUUUUUUUGUAUGUGGUCAAGGAUUGGGAGGCAGUAAGAGAAAUAUGAUUAACUGAUGUGUUAGGACAGUGGGAUUGUGGGUGAUUUUCUUUUAUAUUAUGUUUAUACAGUUAGUGGAUAUCAGAAGGGAAAAAUAUUCAGAUAUUUGGGAGCUAUUUGGUAUUUUUACAAAAUGAUUUUCUUUGCAGAGAUGAUUAUUUUAAUUUCAUAACUCUGUGAAAUAGGAUGGCUGGGCCCUUAAUGUUCUUCUGAAAGGAAAAUGGGAGUACAGAGAUAUUGAAUUCCCUUUUGUUGUUCCAGAGUCAGCUGGUAAUAAGAUUCACAUUAAAAGCUAUGGUUUUUUAGUUUAUAAUUCAUUGUUUCAUCAUCUCCACAGCUAGUUUACUCUCUCCAUUUUGGAAAUUAUGCAAGAAGAGAAUGCAGCGUCAGCAUGGAAAGUUCAGAUAUAUGUGUUAUUUUACAUAGAAUUGCUGCUUUUUGUGGUUGUCUAAAAGAUCUGCU